GUUUACUGAAGCAGCUGGUAGCAGCAUUAGAUUCUAGCGAAUGUCUGACACUGACAGUCAAGAAUUAUCCAAUCAGUUAUCUGUGACUCAGUGUGCCAUAUUCUCACCUCUGAUUCGGAUGGUGUGGGUUCAAGUCCACAACGAAGCUACACUGAACCAAAGACUCUUCUCAGAAGAGAUGUUAAACUGGGUCCCUGGCUGCCCUCGAAGUGGAUGUAAAAAAAUCUCAUGGCCAUCGUUUUGAAGGAUUUGAAUGACCUUCAUAAUCCUCCACUAGUGGCCUCUCCUGACAGCACAAUGGCCACUGGAGUAGAGGAAAAUUGGCCAGUCCCAAUGCGAGCGAUUGGGGCUCAGAACCUUCUCACCAUGCCAGGAGGAGUUACACAAUCUGGCUACCUCCAUAAGAAAGGAGGAUCCCAGUGGAAGAUCAUGAAGUGGCCACUGCGAUUUGUUAUCAUUCACAAGGGCUGUAUUUAUUACUUCAAAUCCAGCACUGCGGCCUCUCCACAGGGAGCUUUUUCCCUGAAUGGGUACAACAGAGUUAUGAGAUCAACAGAGGAAACAACAUCAAGCAACGUGUUUCCCUUCAAAAUCAUCCACAUUAAUAAGAAACACAGAACCUGGUACUUUUCAGCAGCAUGCGAGGAGGAAAGAAAGAAUUGGAUGAUGGGUUUGCGAAAAGAAAUUGAUCGUUAUCAUGAGAAGGCAGACGUGCAAGGAAAUCUGAGUGACUACAGUGAUGCCGAGAAGUUUUAUGGCUCAAUAGAGCGUCCAGUGCAGAUAAAAUACACAGCAAGAGAAUUAGAAUCUGGAGAUUAUGCAGAUGAUGAUGAGGAGGAAGAAGAGGAGGAGGAGGAGGAGGAUGACUACCUGAGACCGGAUGGACUCUCUGUAAGCCUAAAAUCAGAAGGUGUUCACCCCAUGUUGAAUUCUCCAAUUCAGCUAGAAAGGAACAAUAAAAAACCGCUACCUCCUUUGCCACCUCCUACACAAAGACGCAUGUCACAUGGGUUGGUUGUAAUUAAAGAAGAUUUAUCAAGUUCACUACAAGACCGUUUGCCUUCUCCUUCCGCUACAAAAACUGAAGUCAGUGCAUUGCUCAAAUGUCUUUCUCCCAAAGCUUCUCCAGGCUGUCCAACCCCACCUAGUGUACAUUUAAAAUCUGCUUCAGGUGGAAAGGAGCAACACUGGAGAUAUUCAGAAACUACAGACUCUGAUGUCAAAGUGAAAAGCAAAUUUGCAAUGGAGUUAAAUAAGCAUUUACAACAGACAACUGGAAAAGAGACAUCACUUGAUGUUGUAUCCCCUUCUGUGCUCUUCUACAAAGGACCUAACUCUGGACCUCCUUCGACAUCCACGAACAAAGCAUCUAGCACUGUACCACCUUCAGUGCCUAUAAACAAAGGAACUAACAUUAUACCUCCUCCAGUGCCUAUAAACAAGGGAACUAACAUUAUACCUCCUCCAGUGCCUAUAAACAAAGGAACUAACAUUAUACCUCCUCCAGUGCCUAUAAACAAAGGAACUAACAUUAUACCUCCUAUGAACAAAGGUGCUUGCAUUGUACCUUCUCCAGUGCCUAUGAACAAAGGAGCUAGCACUGUACCUCCUCCAGUGCCAAUGAACAAAGGAGUUAGCACCAUAUCUCCUCCAGUGCCUAUAGACAAAGGAGCUAGCACUGUGCCUCCUCCAGUACCUAUGAACAAAGGAGCUAGUGCUGUACCUCCUUCAGUGCCUGUGAAUAAAGGACCUAAAGCUGGAUAUACAAUAUUUAUGAGCAAAGAACCAAGCACUGAAUCUCCUUCAAUCCUCAUGACAAAAGGAUGCAAUGCUGGAUCCCCUCCUGUGCCAAUGUCCAAAGGAUCCAAUGCAAGCCACCCUCCAUUACCAACAAACAAACCCAUUUUGUCACCAAUUCCAUCUGAACCUGUACAGGUUAAGCCUAAACUAUAUAAACCAGAACUAUUGCCAAAAGGAACUUCAGCUUUGACCAAGCAACCACCUCCUGUUAAACCUAAAUUUCAACAGUAUGGUACACAUCUGGCAAAACCCUUACACCGCUCUUCUCCUGAAGGACGGAGUUUUCGGUCAGCUGAAACUGAAAAGCCAGUUCCUCGACAAAGGUCUCAAUCACAGCCAUCACAGAGUCACAUAUCUGAGUAUGAUGAUGAUGAUGCUGAUUACGAAAAUGUGCAGCUGCCACCCUCUGUAUUUGUAAAUACAACAGAAUCCAAUGAUGUUGAGAGGUUAUUCAUAUCUACAAAUCCCAGAUCCAACCCAGAGAAUGGAUUGUACUGUAUACGGAAUUCUUCAAAGUCAGGACAGGUUUUAGUUGUAUGGGAUGACUCAGAGAAGAAAGUGAGGAACUACAGAAUUUUUGAAAAGGAAUCCAAGUUCUUUCUAGAAUCCGAUGUAAAGUUCAUAUGCCUCGCAAGCAUGAUUGAGUUUUACCAUAAGCACACACUCCCAAUACAUGAUAAUUUACGUCUUAGAGUGCCUUAUGGCUAUAAGCACCCAUCAUGACAUUAACUCUUCAUAUGCUGCCUCUUUGAACUUGAAACAAAUCAAAAUGAUCAACAAAACAAAUUAGACUGCACAUUAAAAGCUUGAAGAUCAUUUAAGCAACACUGUUUUAGAAGAAGGCAGAAAGAGAGAAGAAAUGGAACUGUUGCACAUUGCAUCAGUUAUUGUAACAGGAAAACCUGGAAAGCUGUGAAAUAUCACUUUAUCAAAACAAGAAGGCUGUAAUGCCUUAUGCUGAUUUCUCUCACAUUUCUCUGUCGUAGAGGAAAGAUAUUGGCAAUUGUCUGAACUGAGAUGCAUCUUUCCCUUUUCUAGUUCUGAAGCACUCUCUGCUCAGAAUCCUGACCACUCAGAGAAACUGGGGAAUCACCUGGGCUCUUCAAACUCUGCAUUUAUUGUCAACAUCCACCUCAAGUCCAGAGUUCUGAAGAAGGGUCACUCAACCCGAAAUCUCCACAGAUGCUAGCUGUUCCAGCAAUUUCUAUUUUUGUCUCCAGAGUAUUACAAUUUAGUUUGCCUUUUCAGCACUGAUCUACCAUAUUGAUUAAUAAUCCUGUGAUUGGACUCCUUAUACAUUCCUCUGUUAGCAGUCAGGAUUUCCUGCAUAUUAAAAGGAAUUCCAAGGUGGGAGAAAAUGUUUUGAGAAUCUUAAAGCAUUCUUCGGUUUGCACAACAUUAAAUGACUAGAAGAUGGGAUAUAGAUGCCAGCACAAGCACCAAGUAUUUGUAGAUUUGCUGUUAUAUUUUAAUAAGUUUUUAUUUACUUACCUUCUGAAUGUGAUAACAUAGAAUAUAAUGCACAGAAAUAAGCAACUUGGCCGGAUUAGUCUGUGCUUGUUUUCAUAUUUCACAAGUCUCCUCUCAUUCCAUCUAUGCUAUCUCAGCCUUUCAGCAUAUUUCCUAUCCCUUUUUCUCAAAUAGGGGCAGCAUGAUGGCUCAGUGGUUAGCACUGCUGCCUCACAAUGCCAGGGACCUGAGUUCAAUUCCAGUUUUGAGUGAUUGUCUGUGUGGAGUUUACACAUUCUCCCCAUUUCUGCCGGGUGCUCCCACAGUUCAAUGAUAUGCAGGCUAGAUGGGUUAGCCAUGGUAAAUGUGGAGUUACAGUGAUGGGGUGGGGGGCUGGGUUUGGGUGGAAUGCUUUUCAGAGGGUCUCUGUGGACUCAAUGGGCCAAAUGGCUCUUUCCGCACUGUAGGGAUUCUAUGAUUCAAUGAAAUAAUACGAUGGAUGAGUAUAUUAGGAAUAAUAGUAGUCCAUUUAGCCCCUUUAUCCUGCUUCAGGAUUCAAUAAGAUCACGGCUGAUCGAACUCUAGACAUAACUCAAUUUUUCUGCCUGCUCCCUAUAAACCUCCACUCUCUUGUAGAUCGAAAAAUAUGUCUGAAAUGAAUAUAUUAAAUGACCCAGCCUCCACUUCUAUCUGGGUCAAGAGUUCCAAAAGAGAUGAUUCUGAGAACAAAUUCUUUCUCAUCUCAUUCUUAAAUGGAAGACCUCUUAUUUUAAAACUGUUGUUUUCCCCACAAGAGGAAGUAUCCUCAGCAAAUACCUUCCCAAGACCCCCUUAGAAUCUUUCAGAGUUAAUGUUUCGGGUCCGCUGACCCUUCCGCAGUUCUUUUGGCCUUUAUUUCCCUUAGAAUCUUGUUAUGUUUCAAUAAAAAUCACCUCUCAAUCUUCAAAACUCCAAAUAGUAUAGACCCAAACUGCUCAACCUUUCCUCAUAAGACAACCUUUCAUCGUAAAAAUCAACAUAAUGAACUUUCUGCUCCUGCAAGUGCAUUCUUUGUUAAAUAAGGAGACCAAAACUAUAUGCAAUUCUCUGGUAGUGGACUUGACUGACUAUUGUAAUUACAUUUUCCCACUUUUAUACUUUAUUUUCAUUUUAAUAAAGUCCAGUAUCCUUUGGGAAAGAUCUGAGCUACUUUCCUCAACCAUUUCCUGUGGUACACAAUACAAAUUCAAACCAUUUUCUAAGUAAAAAAAAGUUAUUCUUUAUUUGCAAACUUUUUUUUAGUAACUAGUAACAUUUAUUAGUAACUAUGUUGUAUUCAUGGAUUCUAGUUGUGUAUUCUCCCACAAGUGGAUACAUCCUCUCCAUAUCUACCUUGUCCAUCCAAUUGUUAAUUUAGAGUAUCAAGAAUGCUAGUCCAUGCCGAGAGGAUGAAAGCUGACUUCAUCCAAGAAGCACCACAUUGCAGUUUCCAGCAGAUAUUAGAUUUUCUACUUCCUACCAUAGGAAUAGGGAUACAAAUUUUAGAAGUUCUUUUGCUGCUUAAACUGAGAUCAGCUUGUUGAGCAUAGAGCAGAGGCUGAAUCUGGGACCCAUCUGUAAGGCUCAGUUUCUCAAUUCCCCAUAUGGCUGAGUCAUUGUGGUAUCCUAAAAUAUUGCCUGAUUUAUUUUUUUCUUGGAUUAAAACAAAACUCACAGUCCUAAAAUUUCACUGUGUAAUAAUACCACACAAUUAAUUUUACUGCAUUCUUCUCAUUAAUUUAGCGACAACUGUGGAGAAAAGAAUACAAGGUAUGUGUUAGCCGUACGUACAACAGUUUCCCAAAAUCAGCAUACAAAUAGGAGUAGGCCACUUUACCGUUCAAGCCUGUUCCACAAUUCAAUGAGAUGAAUGCUUCAUUUGCAUCCUAAUUCACAUAUCUAAAAUUGCUUCAUAUCCCUUAAUACCUAUGGUUAAGCAGUGUAUUAAUAGCAGAACAGGCUUGAGGAGUUGAAUGGCUUACUCCUACGCUUAAUUUGUAUGUUUGAAAAGAGCUGCAAUGUUGUGCCAUGCUUUGUGUGUAGAAGUGUUGCCUAAUUUCACUCCUGAAAGGUCUGGCUUUAAUUUUUAGACCAUAUCUCCUAGAUCUGGACUCCACAGCUAGCAGAAAUAGUUUAUCUCUCUCCACUCAAUCCGUUCCCCUUAAUAUAAUUUGGCGGUCUCUAGAAUCUUUGGAUCUAGAAUAGAACUGCUAUUUAAACUGAUGGUGAUGGUGGUGCAUGGAGGAGUGGAAUGGUCAGACAGAGUGUGCUUGGGAAAAAGGAACAAUUUUGCAUUUUUAAGUGUGCAGAGAUCUUUUUCAUGUCAAUGGUAGCUAUGAUGUUGAGGUGCUGGUGUUGGACUGGGGUAGACAAAAUCAGAAGUCACACAACACCAGGUUAUAGUCCAACAGGCUCAUUUGAAAUCACAAACUUUCAGAGUACUGCUCCUUCAUCACAUAGCUGUGACAUAGAUCUGAUUACAAAAAGGCCCAUAUCUACGAUGGACCAUCUCCGAUACCUCCCUCUCCUUCCUGGACCUCUCUGUCUCCAUCUCCAGUGACCACUUCAAAAUCGACAUCUAUUUCAAGCCCAUCGACUCCCACAGCUACCUAGGCUACACCUCCUCUCACCCACCUUCCUGCAAAAAUGUGAUCCCCUACUCCCAAUUCCUCCACCUCCACCAUGUCUGCUCCCAAGAUGGGGCAUUCUCCUCCUGCACAUCCCAGAUGUCCUCCUAAUUCAAGGACAGUAACUUCCCCCCUCUGGUGAUCGAAAAUGCCCUCAACCACAUCUCUUGCAUUUCCCGCACCUCUGCCCUCACAUCUCCUCCCUCCAACAAAAAUAAAGACAGAAUGCCCCUUGUCCUCACAUGUCACCCCACCAACCUCCGCAUCCAACAUAUCAUUCUCCGCCACUUCUGCCACCUACAAUCUGACCCCACAACCAAAGAUAUAUUUCCCUCCCCAACCCUAUCUGCUUUUCAUAGGGACUGUGCUCUCCAUGACUCCCUCGUCCGCUCCACACACCCCAGUAACCCCACCAACCCGGCACCUUUUCCUGCAACCACAGGAAGUGCUGCACCUGCGCCUACACCUUCCCCCUCACCUCCAUUCAAGGCACAAAACAAACCUUCACAUUACACAGGGGUUCAUCUGCACAUCCAUCAACUUGGUCUACUGCAUCUGCUGCUCCUGAUGUGGCCUCCUCUACAUCGGUGAGACCAAGCGGAGACUCGGAGACCGUUUUGUAGAGCACCUAUGCUCUGUUCACGACAAAUGACACCUUCUGGCCGUGAACCAUUUUAACUCCCCCUCCCACUCCCUGGGUGACAUGUCAAUCCUGGGCCUCCUCCAGUGUCACAAUGAUGCCAAAUACAAACUGGAGUAGCAGCACCUCAUAUUCUGCCUCGAGAGCUUACAACCCAAUGGCCUAAACAUGGAUUUCAUCAGUUUUAAAAUCUCCCCAACCCCCGGCCUCAUCCCAUGUCCAACCAUCCCUCUCAUCCCCGCCACCUUGACCUGACACAACCUGUCGAUCUUCUCUCCCACCUAUUCACUCCUCUCACCCCACUGACCAAUCCAUCUAUUACCAUCCCACCUACUUACCCCAGCCCCCCUCCUUUCUCUAUUUAUUUCUGAGCUCCCUUCCCCCUCCCCAUUUCUGAAGAAGGGUCCUGACCCGAAACAUCAACUUUCCUGCCCCUCUGAUGCUGCCUGGCCUGCUGUGUUCCUCCAGCUCCACACUGUGUUAUCUCCAAAUAUCUGACGGUAGCCAAGCCUUUUCCUUUGUGCUGCUGAUAAAUCUGAUCAUUUAUGCAUUUAAUGCAUAGCGAGGUGACUGAAGAAAGGCAAAGAAUGAGUUUCAGUGGUAAUAAAAGUUUUAACUACAUUGCAUUUAUUUAAAUAUGAACUAUAUAAUGGACUGUUUUAUAUUGGAAUAACUUCCAUUUAUACAUAUUGAAAAUUAUUUACAAAAUGUAUAUAUGAAAUUUUUAUACAAAUAAACUAUUUUUGAGAUCUGUU